AUGUGCAAGCCCUGGCUAUAUGAGUUCGCCGCUAAGGCGAGCUCUCGCUUUGGUCACCAGCCAUAUGUCAACAUCUUCGGCCUUCCCUUCGGUUUGGUGCUCAAAGUAUCCAUGGAUAUUCAAGCCGUCGAGGCUCAUGCACUACGCACCAUCGGUUCUCUUUUGGGAAUCAACGCACCCACCCUCAUCGACUACCUGACAGCCAGUGACAAGGACAGGAUUGUUGGGCAACUGCAUUCCCAAGUGAGCUCAAUGCGAGAGCAAACCAUCACCCGCAACCACCCCAUAUGCAACGCUUCAGGGGGAUGCAUCGUCGACCCACGCAUUCCUUGGCUUGAUGAGAACCCUCGCAUCUUCACGUCUGUCCAAGAAUUCCUCCAGGAGGUGUGGAUUGGCCUCGAUCUCCCUAGAAACCGCGAAACCCUUCGUCCCAUGCUGCAGCCACUCAUCGAGCGUGAUGAUGUCCCAAUUGUCUUCUGCCACGGUGACAUUCUGCCGAAGAACGUCAUUCUGCCGAAGAACGUCAUUCUCCCAGGAGGGUUGAAGAAGUGGCGGUGUGGGUAUACUACAGCAUGCCUAAUCGAUUGGGAAUAUGCCGGCUGGAUGCCACUGCCUUGGGACGCCUUGAAGGCGACGUGGAUGACGUUCGAUCUCCAGGAUGAAUGGCUCACGAUGAUGAAGUUGGUGUUCCCGGAGUCGCGCCGCGAGCUGGAGGCGGACUGGGAGUGGCGCUCACGAUCCAAAAUCCCGAUUUUAUAG